UAAAAGACCCCCGCACAGCUCAGCACUAACAACACAGCUCUGCAGGACAGCUGGAAACACACACAUAAAGUCUCUUUCUGGGUGCCAGGAUCCAGAACAUAAGUUGCAGCAAGUUGAGGGUGGUCCAGAAGUGGACACACGGAUUAAGAUGAGAUCUGGUGUCCUUGCCUGUCUGUUCUUCUUGGAGGUGGUCUAUGUGUCCGGACAAGGUUCCAAGAAACCUGAUGCUGUGUUAAAUCACUCUACCAGAAGAAUACGGGUGGGGAAGAAGAUUAUUAGCCCCCUGGCAAAGAUCAAGACAGAAGAGUUUCAGGAAUGGACCACUUGGUUUAACAUUGACCACCCAGGAGGCAAUGGGGAUUACGAGCGCUUGGAUGCUAUAAGGUUUUACUAUCCAAACAGAGUUUGCCAGAAACCUCUCCGCAUGGAGGCACGUACAACAGAAUGGGUGCCAGCAGGGAAGACAGGAGAGGUGGUGCAUUACAGCCUGGUAAAGGGAUUCUGGUGUAUCAAUAAGGAGCAAGAAGAGGGCAAAAACUGUUCCAAUUAUUCAGUUCGCUUUCUCUGCCCAGUGGUUAUGGCACCCAGUGUUCCAAAGGAAGCUUGGUCGGAAUGGUCGAAAUGGAGUGAAUGCUCAGCUCAGUGUGGUGGUAAUGGGAUGCAGAUACGGAAAAGGAUGUGUCUAGUUGAAGAUCAAUGGCACAGGCACUGCAAUGGACCUACAGAGGAGGGGCGCAGGUGUACUGGGAGACCUUGUGCAGCCUGCGAUAUCAGCUGUUCUGUAGGCCAAGUGAGUGCAGACUGCAAUGUUUGUGAGUGCAGGAAUCACAUUCUAUAUGGCACCGUCACCCUUCCUGAUGGCGCACCUGCUGCCGGAGUGAACGUCUACGUCAUGGGGAAGAAACCUAAAUUUGAAGCAGUAUCAGAUGCCCACGGACAGUUCCAAGUGUCAAAAGUCUGUCCUGACAAUGCAUUGCAGUUAAAAUUAGAAAAGUAUGCGGUCGUCCUUAUAAAAAUUCCUCAGAGUAACGGUACAUCAUCCAUUCAAGUCUCUUUUAAGAGAAAAGAAAAGCCUUACAUGUUGGAGAAUCCCACGAGCAAAGUUAGGAGAGUGGGGCAAAGUGUGACAUUCUGUUGUGAAGCUAAAGGGGAGCCAGCCAUUGAACAGUAUCUCUGGUAUCACAAUGGAACUCUGCUGAACCAAAACAUGCGCAAAAAUAGUAACCAGCUGGUCUUGCGCAAACUGCAGAUAAGCCAAGCGGGAGAGUAUUACUGCAAGGCCAAGAACGAGGCAGGAUUUGUGAAAUCCCAGGCUGCCACACUUACUCUGAUUGCUGAACAAGCUCUGUCCUGCAAACCAAAACCCGAAGAACAUCUUAUCCGACUCCCUCAUGACUGCUUUCAAGAUGCCACAAAUUCCUUAUACUAUAAUGUGGGAAAGUGCCCUGCCAGUGUUUGCCCUGGGGAUCUGGACAAUGGAUUACGGUGUAAAGACUCAGUGCCCUAUUGCUGUGGAAUCACAAAAACAGAGGUCAAAGAGAUAACUUGUCAGGGUUAUACACUUCCUAUUAAGGUGGCUGUACAAUGUGGUUGCCAAAAGUGUACAGAGAGUAGAAUAAUUGUCCGUGGGAGAGCAAUUGCAGCUGAUACUGGGGAGCCAAUGCGUUUUGGGCAUAUCUACAUGGGAAAUUCCAGAGUUAGCCUCACUGGUUAUAAGGGGACUUUCUCUAUUCAUGUUCCUGCAGAAACGGAAAGGCUUGUCCUUACUUUUGUUGACCGGCUUCAGAAGUUUGUGAACACCACCAAAGUACUUCCAUUUAACAAAAAAGGGGGUGCUGUCUUUCAUGAAGUACAUCUCCUGAGAAAGAAGAAACCGGUAAUACUGGACUCCAAGAAGACAAACCAAAUAUCUUUGGGAGACGUAGAAAAUGAGGAUCCUAUAGCUGAGCUGGAAAUCCCCCCAAAUUCUUUCUAUCGGCAAAAUGGGGACGAGUAUAGUGGUAAAGUGAAGGCAAGUGUUACAUUUUUGGACCCACGAAACAUAUCAACAGCUACUGCUGCUCAAAGUGACCUGAAUUUUGUCAAUGAGGAAGGAGAUACUAUGCCACUGCGCUCCUAUGGAAUGUUUUCUGUGGACUUUACAGAUGAAGAAGCCAAGGAAAGCCUAAAUGCAGGAGCUGUUAAAGUCUAUCUUGAUUCUGCACAAGUAAAGAUGUCUGAACACCUUGAGAAAAUGAAAUUGUGGUCUUUGAAUCCAGAAACUGGGCUUUGGGAGGAAGAGGGUGACUUUUUAAGACAAGCAGUUCGACGUGGAAAAAGAGAGGAGAGAACCUUUCUUGUUGGCAAUAUGGAAAUUAGGGAAAGAAGACUGUUUAAUUUAGAUGUACCUGAAAGCAGGAGAUGUUAUGUGAAGGUCCGAGUUUUCAGAAGUGAAAGGUUUUUGCCAAGUGAACAAGUUGAAGGUGUUGUCGUGAACCUGAUUAAUAUGGAGCCAAUGUCAGGGUUCUCUUCCAAUCCAAGAGCCUGGGGUCGUUUUGACAGUGCGAUAACUGGUUCUAAUGGAGCCUGUCUGCCAGCCUUUUGUGAUGACAAGAGCCCAGAUGCCUAUUCAGCAUUUGUAACGGCCACUUUAGGAGGAGAAGAACUGGAAGCAGUGGAAUCUUCUCCUAAAUUCAACCCAAACAUAAUUGGUGUUCCGCAGCCCUACCUAAACAAAUUAAACUACAGAAGAACAGAUCAUGAUGAUCCCAAAAUCAAGAAGACAGCUUUUAGCAUUAAUGUAGCUAAGCCAAACCCCAAUGCUGCUGAAGAAAGCAAUGGCCCUGUCUAUGCCUAUGACAAACUUCGUGAGUGUGAAGAGGCACCAUAUAAUUCUGCUCAUUUUAGGUUUUAUAGGGUAGAAGGAGAUAGGUAUGAUUUUAACACUGUGGCUUUCAAUGAGGAUGACCCUAUGGGUUGGACAGCUGACUAUUUAGCUUGGUGGCCCAAACCAAUGGAGUACCGUGCUUGUUACAUGAAAGUUAAAAUUGUUGGUCCUCAAGAGCUAAUUGUGAGAUCCCGAAACAUGGGGGGUACCCAUCCACAAACAACAGGCCAGCUAUAUGGUAUUCGAGAUGUACGGAGUACUAGAGACCAGGAGGAAUCUAACCUAUCCACAGCGUGUGUAGAAUUCAAAUGUAGUGGCAUGUUGUAUGACCAGGACAGAGUGGAUCGAACACUAGUAAAGAUAGUACCCCAAGGAAGCUGCAGAAGAGAAAAUAUAAACAGCAUGCUGCACGAAUACUUAGUCAACCAUCUGCCAAUGGCAGUCAAUAAUGAUACGAAUGAGUACACUAUGCUGGCUCCUCUUGACCCACUUGGACAUAACUACGGUAUCUACACAGUUACCGACCAAGAUCCUAGAACAGCUAAGGAGAUAGCUCUGGGUAGGUGUUUUGAUGGAACAUCCGAUGGCUCUUCUAGGGUAAUGAAGAGUAAUUUGGGAGUGGCUCUUACUUUCAACUGUCUGGAAAAGGAUCUAACACAACAGAGUGUUUUUGGCGGAAACGGGCUGGCAGCUUCAAGUGUCGCCAGAGAAGGGGGCAGAAACGGAAGGCAACAAAGAGCCAGUGCCAGGUCUCGGCAGAUUAGCAGAACGGGCACUUUCUCAAGACAAGGACGUUCUCAGUAAGACAGCAAGAAUGUUAUUACAGAUAAAUAAUGUAUGCCUUACCUCCUGCAGCAUGGUACAAUUACAGUACUGCCAUCAUUAAAAUUUUAAUAUCCAAUUUAAAAUCAAUGUCUUGGUUGAGAUGAAAGGCGCUGUAGUUCAAUAUAUUCACAUAUCGGUACCUGUAUUCAAAGCUUCAUUCAGUAACAUCGCCAAUGAUUUGUGUGAAGUCCUAAGAAAAAGUAAUAGAAAUACAGAACAAAUUAAAAAAAGGCAGACUAUGGAUACUAACUGGUGUUCCUCAAAAAUAGAAUAUACUGAAUGUCCCUUGUAUAUAUUUCUCUGGAUAUUAUGAUGUUUUUGCACAUUGGUAUAUUUCAGUUUUAGUAACAGGCAACCGAGUUACACCUCUGAAUUAAUGUCUUCCUUCCUUCUGUUUUCCUUAGUUUUUACAUUUCAGUGACACACAUAUAUCCCAUUACUCCAUGUUAACUUUAUAAGAACUGUUAUUUUAUUUGUUGUUUCCUAGCACUUUGCACUCUUUAUUUUACCAAUAAUGUCAUUUCUAGAGAGAGAGACUCUGAAGAUGUGCUCUGCCACUUAGUCUGUUAUUACUGGAAAUGAGCCAAAGCUAAGAAAUUAGAAAUGUGAAGGAGAAUAUUAUCUCUAAGUGCCUAUAAAUGUGGAAAAUUC